GGCACUAAGGUGGAUCUGAGUCUCUUGCCCAAAACAAACGUACGGUGUCGCGUAGUGUUUGUGUGUCCUACACUUGCACUGUGUAACCAGACCGCAGGUGAAGUGCGGCGGCAAUUUCCAUUGGUGCCGGUCGGGGUGUUCACGGCAAAGUUCCGGGAGAGCAUUCACACCUGUGAAGUGCUGGUGUGUACGCCUCAUAUGUUGGAGAUUCUGUACCAGUCACCGGCCAGUCACAUCUGGCGCACCCGUAUACUGCGAUGGGUCAUCUGUGAUGAGAUCCACAUGAUGUCUUCCUUCGACGGCCCUCAGAGAACUCCUAGUGCAAAAAAUUUGGGUUCGGCUGAUGCUAUCAGUGUCUCUGAUGAAUAUUCGGCCGAGGACGCUGGAUCCACGAUAGAAGCCUGUGAUGAAUCGAGCACAAGUACAGACGACGAGGAGACCGCAGAUGAGGAUGAAGACGAGACCAAUCUUGAUGGGUGUCUGCGUCGGCUUCUCGGUCACAUCGAGUGUCCAGUGCUUGCUUUGUCCGCAUCUAUUGUGGAUCCGUCGUCGCUCGCUAGUUUCAUCGAAGCCAUGCGUAGUACGGGCGAUAGGCAGUACCAAGGGUACGCCGAUCAGAGCUGUACGGAGUGUAUAAUAUCAACAGAAGGCUCUGUUGACAAAGCCGACCAAACCACUAACCAGAAACUAGAAGUGGCUGUAGGUGUUGAUAUAGGGAGAGAUUCGGAGGUCGGUUCGGCCUGUAAGUGCGACGAGAACCGAAACAAAGUUUGGGUGGUGCCGUCGCCAGACAGUACUUAG